GUCGGUCGUCGACAACAGCGGCCACGACAACGAUCACACCCUGGGGCCUAACCCAACUACGCGUUUAUUUUCGCUCUCUCCGCCUCGAAUUGACGCCAGAAGACGUCUAUUCUCCUCUCUGGCCCUCGCAAAACCACCGCCAAAGUCAAACCCGCAGCCAUGCAUCGGGCGGCCCAGUCGCCUCCUUUGCACCAUCCAGUGCCGCAACAUGUCUCGACCGUCCCUCAGCUCCGAUCACCGCCUCCGCCGCCGGGCUCCGCGCAGUCGCAUCAGAUGGGCUACGGGGGGAAUCCAUACCAGCAGCAGCAGGGGGGCAACAUGGGCAAUGCCUUUGGCGCAUACGGGCAAUUCAUGAACGAUCCUACGGCCCAGGUCGCGGCGCAGUUUGGACAGACUGCCUUCAAGCAUGGCCAGGAAUACGUGGAGCAGAAUAUUGGUCGCUACGUCAAUGUGUCCGCGCUCAAGUACUACUUCAACGUCUCCAAUUUCUACGUCAUCAACAAGCUCUUUAUUGUCCUCUUCCCCUGGAGGCAUAAGCCUUGGUCCCGAAAGCAGGUUACCGGCGCGAACGGCCAAGACCUGCGCUACCUGCCCCCGCGAGAUGACAUCAACAGUCCCGACAUGUACAUUCCAGUGAUGGCACUGGUCACAUACAUCCUCCUGUCUACUCUGGUUGCCGGCAUACGGGGCAAGUUUAACCCUGAGCUUUUCGGAUACACAGCAACAACCGCGCUCGGUGUGGUCAUUUUCGAGAUCAUCGCGUUGAAGGUGGGGUGCUACCUCCUGAGCAUCUCCAGCCAGUCCCAGCUACUUGACCUGAUCGCCUACUCUGGAUAUAAAUUUGUUGGUAUUAUUGCUACCAUCGCCAUUGCGGAGGUUGUCAACGGUGGCAAGGGCACUGGCGGCUGGGUCGGGUGGCUGGUCUUUAUUUACACCUUCUUGGCCAACUCUCUAUUCCUGAUGCGGUCACUGAAAUACGUGCUUUUGCCUGAAACAUCUUCCAACUCCGGAGGCCCUAUGCAGACUGACACAAGGGCGAAGCGGAACCAGCGGACACAGUUUCUUUUCUUCUACUCUUAUCUCGUCCAGCUCUUCUUUAUGUGGCUUCUGACCAGGUCUUGAAAGACUACUGAGUGGAAGUGAAAGGCCCCUCAAAGAACGCGAAAGACGACGAUUCAAGGACUGCAUAUACGAGAAUAGGAGAGAGAAAAAAAGGAGUGAGGUCACUAUAGUUUUUCAUAAAGGCGUUAGAUACGGGUCAAAGAGGUCCAUCUGCGGUGCCCAGAAUCCUGGACACUCCGUUGUAUGAAGAAGAGCCGCAGUUGGAGGUCCUGAUAGAUCAACAAGAGCUUCACUGCCAUGCUACCGGCGUUUCGGGGGUUCCCGCUCCACUGCGGGGUUUGGUAGAGGCUAUAUCCCACGUUAUCCCACGUUAAUUUCCAACCAGACGACACACGAGGCAUCUUUUGUGGGUGUAAGAGAAGGCUUGGGGACCUUUUCAGAUAGAGGAAAGGAUAAUGCGCCAGGUGUCUUUUUACAUCAGGUACAUGAAACAGAUACUAUGCUUGCACAUUUGACGAUACGAAAAAGCAGACAAAAAGAGAAUAAACAGCAGUAUAAUCACACCAUAG